UUCAUAAUGGAGAAAAGUAAUGCCAUUUCAACAGCUAUCUUAGUCUUAUUAGAGAAUAAUUCAUCAUCCCCUUUCUCAUUUGUAGGCAUCAUUUUAUUGUGCAUAAUUCUAAGUUGGAUCGUUACACUGCAUGACUUCUAUUCAUGUUUUAGAUCUUUGUUUCAGACCUUACUCCACUUCCUCUUCUGGAGAUGGAAGAGUUGCUUCAGCCAAGGCAAGAAAGCCGGGGCCGAAUUUUCGACUAUCCAGAAACCGUGCUCCAAUGAAAAUGUGACUGAUAAUGGUAAGUUCAAAGAAGUGGAAAUGGUUAUGGAGAGAUUAGGAAUUUUCUGUGACUCUGAUGAUGUUUGCGAUGAGCUUCAAAUUGGGACGUUGUUCGAGGAAAAGGAGCCUAGCCUAGAGGAAGCGAAAGAAGCUUUUCUAGUGUUUGAUGAGAACAAUGAUGGGUUCAUUGAUGCAGGGGAGCUAAAGAAUGUACUCUGUUCAUUGGGUGUCACUGAAGUUUCGGAAGUGAAAUGCCAAAGAAUGAUCGGAGUCUUUGACGAGAACGGCGAUGGUCGGAUUGAUUUUGGUGAGUUUUUGAAGGUUGUGGAGCACAGCUUUUGUUAGCCAUGGUGCUCUGGGACACAGAUGCUCAUGGUUUGUUCUCUGUUUUUUUUUUUUUUCUUGUGUUUUUUUUUCCUAGCAAAUUUGGGGAGGGGACUGAAACACAGGUACACCCGCUCGAGGAGUUGGGCGUUCUACCAAGUACCAACUAAACCAUUGAGUAAUGCCCGAUGCUCAUGCGUUCACUCCCAGCUUUUGUUAGCCUUGGUGCUCUUGGACACAUGCUCAUGGGCUCACUCCCAGCUUUUUUUAGGCAUGUUUUUCAGGGUGUGAAUAGAGAACCAAAUGUAAUUAGUCUUGUUUAUCUGCUUUCUUCAAUUAAAACAUUAAUAUGUUUUUGGUAUGCAAGAAUGG